GCGCACAAUACAAAAAAAUACGCGUAAUGCAAUUGAAAACUGCGAAUUGGAGAGUUUACAAAUAGCGUUACCACCACCGUACCUCAUUCCAGUUUGGCAAGUUAUUCACUUUCGAACCAUAGUUUACAGCUUGGUUUACGGUUUUAACUUCAGGAUGCCUUUGUAAACUAAAGGCAAACUUUCGUUUGAGACUCUUUCAUCACCAUGGCCGACGCCGGCUUUUUUCGGGGCACCUCUGCUGCCCAGGACAGCCGCUUCAGUGACAAAGAAAAGAAGAUGAUGAAACAAAUGAAGUUUGCUGACAGCCUGGUUAAGAAAGUGGACAUGCCCCGUGUGAAGCUGGAUGUGAUCAAGCCUUGGAUCACUCGGCGCGUCACAGAGAUGCUGGGCGCCGAGGACGAGGUUCUGAUCGAGUUCGUCUUCAACCAGCUAGAGGAGAAGAAUCUAAACCCGCGGAAGAUGCAGAUCAACCUGACCGGUUUCCUGAACGGCAAGAACGCCAGAGUGUUCAUGCAGGAGCUGUGGGACCUGCUCUGCUCGGCCUCCGCCAACCCAAAUGGCAUCCCAGACAGCUUCAUCGAGGAGAAAAAGGAGGAAAUCAAAAAGAGAAAUGAAGAGCAGGCGCGUCAGGAGCUGCUGAUCGGUCGCCAGCUGGAGGCGGAGCGGCAGCGGGUGGAGCACCAGCUGAGCUGUGCCGUCCGCCAGCCGUCGCCGGUCACGGAGGAGCGCAGGUCGCGUCACCGGGCCUCGCCGGCACCCGGUCCCGGCGGCGACGGACUCAGGAGAGACCCGUCUGCCUCCGACUCGGCACGGAACCAGUCUUCAACUGACGGCCACAGAGGGCGCCGAGACCCUGUCACGGAGCGCAGCCGGCGCCCGGAGCGGGGCGCAGCGGAUAGGGAGCGGACUCCGGACGAUGUGGAGGCCAGUAAUCGGUCAGAGCGGUCACAUGACAAGCGCCGCCGCCGCUCCCGUGGACGAGACUCGCAUGACGGAGAGAGGAAGGCCGGCUCGCGCAGCCGCCGGAACCGCAGCCGGUCCGGCGACGUCCGGAGGGACCGGUCCCGCUCCGGUGACAGACGACGAAGCUGGAGCCGCUCCCGUUCGCUGGAGAGACGCAGCCGCUCCCGCUCAGCCAAGAAGCGGAGUCGCUCCCGGUCACAGGGGAAACGGAGCCGCCGCAAACUGUCCUCCUCGGGACGGAAAUCUCCACAACCGCGCCGGUCCCCGAGGCGGCGCAGCUCGAGCCGGGAGCGGCGGGCCGGGAAGCGGCGCCGCUCCCCGUCUGAGCGCUCCGUUAGCCCGCCGGAGGGGGUAAAGAAGAGCAGCCAUCAGGACACCGCAGAGGUCCGAAAGAGCCGAUCCAAAGCUAAGAAACGGCGGACCGCCAACGGGGAGGCGGAAUUGGACGGCGACAAAAAGAAAAACAAGAAAAAGAAGAAGAAAAAGAAGGAAGGCAAGAAACAGAAGAAGCACAAGUCACGCAAGCGCAGCGGCAGCUUGAGUAAAGACAACGGUCCCAAAGUGAAAAAGGACGCCGUCGCUGAUGUGGACGCCGGUGCCGGUGACGGUGCGGACAGUGGCGAGCCUCCCCUGUGGCGUGACGACAUUGUCGUUAGGGAGACACUUGUCGCAGACAGCUCAGAUGGCGCCAGCUCACAUGGCGAGGGUCGGAGCUCGGACAGUGAGGACGAGGCUGGUACUUCUCCCGAGCUCCGCGACGGUGGCUCGGCCUCAGGCAGUCCCGACAGGCGGGGUGAGGGACGUCCGAACGGGGAGGGCGCCAAGGGAGCCCGGCGGGCCUCUGUGAGUCCCGCCGGGCGCAGCGAGGAUCGCCUCUCGCCGAGGGAGGACUCCAAGCAGAGCUCCUCCUCGGAGGAGGAGGACGAGGAGGAGAUGGACAUGGAGGCCCUGGAGAAGAAGCUGCGGGAGAGGGCGCUGCGCUCCAUGCAGCGGCGGAGGGAGCUGAAGGCUGCCGAGUCCCCCGCGUCGGGUGGCGGCCGCUCGCGGCGGUCCCCCGGUUCCUCGGAGGGCGAGUGAUAGGCACCUAAUGCUCAGGGAUCGCGCCAAACGGGGUAGGCCUUAUGGCAUGGCGUGACUCAGAAUGUGUGCGGCUGUGUGCAGAACUGACACUUGUGCGGUGUGGAACGUAUGGUAUGAUUUGUUGUUCUUUUAAUGCAUUGUUGAUAUGCCGAGGUGCAAUGCAGGCGAACCACUGGCGUAAUGCUCUUGUAACUUGUACAAGUUGUUAAGCGCUUGAAACACUUGUCGUGAAAAGCGUUUAAAAUAUUGAAUUUCUCACCACUUAUUGUGUUUUUAGUACGAUGUGCCAGUUACGAAUACAACCUGGAAUUUCAGUGACGUUCAUCUGCAGCUGAAUUUGAGUCCCAGUGAUGUAUUUAUAAUUUUUACUUUGACAAAGCCGUACUUGUGAAUGCUGUCCUGUUGUUAAUGCUGUCCGAUGAUAUCACGCCCUGUGCCUUUCCUUUCUGAAACGUGACUACCGUUCCAAAGUUACCAAAGAAACGGACCACUUUACUGGCCGCUGAAUGUGAUUAAGUUCAAGUCGCUCCACUGCUUUAAUAUAUGCUGCUGACAGU